GUAUUUUGCAAUUCGAAAAUAUAUAAAAUGAAAAAUGAACAGGUUGUUCCUGACUAUAAGAUCAUGUUAGAAACAUCUGUAACUCUUUUAGCUUUAAUUGCUUCUGGAUGGUUGCUAAUUAAGCUCAUCUCGGCAUGUUUCUGGUUUCCAAACUUUCUAAAGAAAUGGAGCCUCGAAGAAAACAAUGUCAAUCAGCUUACAGAUAAUGAAGAAUUGAAGGAAGACGAAAGCAUUGUUUCAAAAGAUGGAAUAUCGAAAGUUGAAAAAAACGGAAGCGAUGCUAAAGAAUGUACUGACGAAUUAUCAGAAUCCAAAAAAACAAUCGAGGACGAAAACAAAAAGGAUAAAUAAAUAAGCCAAACAUAUCUGAUGAAAAACCAUCUAUAAUUAUU